UAUGAGGCCUUCUUUAAAUUAUUUGAGAUAAUUAAGAAAUUAAAUAGUAUGGUCUGCAUCAGCUAUUGGAUUGACCACUUUAACCUAAACCAAUUUUUGCACAACCAAAGAAUACUAUUUCAAUUAUGGAUCCCAUAUGAUACCUCAUCCUGAAAAAGUUCAUAAAGGAGGUGAAGAUGCUUUAUUUGCAGAUAAAAAGAUCCUUGUUGUAGCAGAUGGUGUUGGUGGAUGGGCUGAUGUAAUUGAUAUUAUUGAUAAAUUGAAUUUAGUUGGGUAUUGAUCCAGGAUUGUAUAGCAAAGAAUUAUGUAAAAAAUUAGAAGAAGCUUUCAAAUAGAAUCCUGAAGAUCUAAAGAAUCCUAAAAAAUAUAUUAUUGCUGCUCAUAAGGUGACUAAAGCAAAGGGUAGUACUACUGUUUGUGUAGUAUCAAUAAAUUAAGGUGAUUUGAGAUCUUCUUUAGUUGGAGAUUCAGGAUAUGCAAUUUAUCGCAAAAUUGAUGAUAAAUAUCAAUUAAAUUUCAAAUCUACAGAAUAAUAGAAGUCAUUUAAUUUUCCAUAUCAAGUAUAUUAUAUUAAUAUAUUAUAGAUUGGAAGUGAAGGAGACAAUCCAAAUGUAGCUACUGAUGACACACAUAAGAUUUAGGUUGGAGAUUUAGUUGUCUUGGGAACUGAUGGAUUAUUUGAUAAUAUGUCAGCUUAAUAAAUUCAAGUUGUUAUUGAAGAUGUUACUAAAACUGAACCUAAUAAUCCAUAAGCUUUGGCAAAAUCUAUUGCUAAUUAUGCAUAUAGAUUAUCUUUAGAUCCUAAAUACAAUUCACCAUUUGCUCAACAUGCCAAAUAGAGUAGAUUAAGAUAUAUGGGAGGAAAGAGUGAUGAUAUAACAGUGAUUGUAGCAUUUAUUAAUGAAUAAUGAU